CUUCUAGCCAGCCAUCCGCAAUCUCAUUCACUGAGUAGCCGGGGUUCGGUGACAACAACAGCCUACCUCCUCCUCCUGCUGUCGUGUGUGAGUAUACGACGGAUCAUUGAGAAUUUGAUUCGGCGUUGCUGUUGGGACAGAAUCAAGCUACAGUGAGGACUUCAUGCGGUGACAAGUAACAAAGAGCUAUCAAAUCGAUCACCAUCGGAAAACGGCAGACAAGCAAAAGGAUGAUUCGCUUAAUCAUUUGUCAGAAAGAUAUCUGCGAAAAUGUGAUGGAUGUGACUGCUCGAUAACACACAAGCUGUGUUAUUUUGCGUUUUUAUCGUUAGCCUAUUGUCGGAAAACAAAAAUGUAUAGGCUAUUUAAGGUAUGGAUUAUUCAAACAUAGACAUGGGGCUACUGUUUUUUAUGUCGGCAAUAACUAUAGAAAAGAACGUCGUUACAUAUUGGCCUUUGUGUUGUUAUCUAUUGUAUUGCGAAGAAGAAUAAACAAAGAUCUAGCCUUCUCAUCAGAUGAAACGCAGAGGAUCAGUCUGUAAAAUAAAAAAAGGCUUCGCUGCAAACAGCAAUGCAGAUAAAUCAUGUUCGUAGCCAUAGUGGCCCACACCUUUUCGUUCCAUCCUCUAACAGGGCUGUUUAGGCUGUUUAGUCAUUUUAGCUUUCAGCCUUGAUACAGUGUAUGCUUAUGUGGCUGUAACCAUUCAGUCUGUGUUUAGUGGCUAGAAAUAUACAUUUUAAGACUUAUACCAGUUUUACAAUGGCUUCACCUGGUAGUGAGGAAACUGGGAGUGACUUAUCAGAAUCCCUUGAAGUACAUGAGUUCCAAAGUCAAUAUGAGGAGCCCGGGAAUUAUUUCAAAUCUAAAAGUUUACCGAUCCUUAAUGGUUCUUGUCAGUUGGGCAGUGAGACUUUGGAACCAAGAUUGGUCAACACAACACAAACAACCUUAAAUGCUGAGCGGAGCUCUAUGCUCAGUGAUCUUCCACCGAAAAUGGACUUAAGCCAGCAAGAUUCUCCAACAAGGACUGACUUCUCACCCUCCAUGUCCAGUAUGGUUGGGCUGAGCAGCUCCGUGAGGACAGAUGUUAACAAUGCUAAGAGCAAAAAAAUAGGCUUUUCCCUUUCAAAAUUCAUCCACUUUCCUGCUAGGAAGUACAUUCGAGUGAUCCUCGCUGACUCUCGCUGUUUUUUAUUUUGUAUGUGCUACUUGACUUUCAUUCAGUCACUGAUGGUGUCUGGCUACUUGAGCAGUGUCAUCACCACCAUAGAGAAGAGAUAUAGUCUCAGGAGCUCUGAGUCAGGACUGCUGGUCAGCUGCUUUGACAUUGGCAGCCUUCUGGUGGUGGUCUUCAUCAGCUAUUUUGGGGGUCGCGGACAGAGGCCACGGUGGUUGGCAGUUGGCGGGGUCUUCAUCGCCGUGGGAGCGGCCCUGUUCUCCUUACCUCAUUUCAUUUCCCCUCCUUACCAAAUUCAAGAGGUCAACUCCUCCACGGGCAACGAGGGCCUGUGUAUGAAUGGCAAUGGGAGCCGAGAUACCCCAUAUGUGUCCUCCUGCCCCAGAGACCAGGAGGGCAACGAGCACUCGGUGUAUGUGGCACUGUUCAUCUGUGCCCAGAUCCUAGUUGGGAUGGGGUCCACCCCCAUCUAUACGCUCGGACCAACCUACCUGGAUGACAACGUCAAAAAAGAGAACGCGUCAUUGUACCUUGCCAUCAUGUACGUGAUGGGGGCGCUGGGUCCGGCCGCAGGCUACCUCCUGGGUGGGGUCCUCAUCGGGUUCUACGUCGAUCCCAAGACCGUCGUCCACAUCGAUCAGAGCGACCCUCGCUUCGUGGGAAACUGGUGGAGCGGGUUCCUGCUCUGUGCCAUGGCCAUGCUGCUGGUUAUCUUCCCCAUGUUCACCUUCCCCAAGAAGCUCCCUCCCCGGCACAAGAAGAAGAGGAAGAAGAAGAAGAUGAGCUCGGACGACGUUUCCAGCGACGACGACGUGAUGAAGGAGAAGUCCGGCGGCAAGGCCCAAACCGUCACCUCCUCCAUGGGCUUCGGGAAGGACAUCAAAGACCUCCCCAAGGCCGCGGUGAGGAUCCUGAGCAACAUGACAUUCCUGUUCGUGAGCCUGUCCUACACGGCCGAGAGCGCCAUCGUCACCGCCUUCAUCACCUUCAUUCCCAAGUUCAUCGAGUCCCAGUUCGGCAUCCCGGCGUCCAACGCCAGCAUCUACACCGGGGUGAUCAUCGUGCCCAGCGCUGGGGUGGGCAUCGUUCUGGGCGGCUACAUCAUCAAGAAGCUGAAGCUGGGCGCCCGGGAGUCGGCCAAGCUGGCCAUGAUCUGCAGCGGCGUGUCUCUCCUCUGCUUCUCCACGCUCUUCAUCGUGGGCUGCGAGAGCAUCAACCUGGGAGGCAUCAACAUCCCCUACACCACCGGCCCGACCCUCACCAUGGCGCACAGGAACCUGACGGGCGGCUGCAACGUGAACUGCGGCUGCAAGAUCCACGAGUACGCCCCCGUGUGCGGCUCGGACGGCAUCACGUACUUCAACCCCUGCCUGGCGGGGUGCAACAGCGUGGGCAACGACAGCACGGGGAUCCGGAACUACACAGACUGUGCCUGUGUACAGAGCAGACAGGUCAUCACCCCGCCCACUGGCGGUCAAGGCAACCAGCUCCAGCUGGUCAUCGUCAAGACGUACCUGAACGAGAACGGCCACGCCGUGUCGGGGAAGUGCGACCGCACCUGCAACACGCUCAUCCCCUUCCUCAUCUUCCUCUUCAUCGUCACGCUCAUCACAGCCUGCGCCCAGCCCUCCGCCAUCAUCGUUACACUCAGGUCCGUAGAUGAGCAGGAGCGUCCUUUUGCACUAGGAAUGCAGUUUGUUCUACUCAGAACACUCGCCUACAUUCCGACGCCCAUCUACUUUGGCGCGGUCAUCGACACCACCUGCAUGCUGUGGCAGCAGGACUGCGGCAUCCACGGCUCCUGCUGGGAGUACGACGUCACCUCCUUCCGCUUCGUCUACUUCGGCCUGGCCGCCAGCCUCAAGUUCGUGGGCUUCAUCUUCAUCUUCCUCACCUGGUACUCCAUCAAGUACAAGGAGGACAGGCUGCAGCGCUGGCACCAGCACACCUCGGCCCUGGGCACCGUCAGCGAGCUGAUCUGCCACGCGGGCGGGCAGAAGAGCCACGCCCGGACGCGCUCCUGCCCCGUCUUCAACCCCCGCCCGGAGCCGCCCGCCGGCCCCGCCCUCAACCGCGGCCUCUGCAGCCGGAGCUGCCCCGGCAACACCCUCAAAGCAAUAACCCCGCCCCCCCGCCUGCCGGAGGAGGCCCCCGCCGCCUCCGCCGCCGCCCACGUGUGAGGACAGGGACGACGCCCUCCCCCGCCCUGCCCUGCCUCCCUGCGCCCAAACAUGUGCCUUCCUGUUCCUCGGCCCCUCCCA